AUGAAUAAUAUAAGAGUGUUUAAAUUUAGUUUGAAAGUUUUCAUUGAAAGAGUAGUAAUUGCAAUUAAUUUUCCUUGCAAGCUCUAAGUAGCAUGGAAGAGAGGUAAAUAAAAGUUAGAAAGCAAACUAUCAGAUUUGAAUGUCAAUGUUGCUAAUUUUAAUGAGGAAUUAGAAAUUAAUUCAAACAUGUAUUUCCAAGAUAAUCAAUUCAAAGAAAAGAAAUGCUUAUUUACAGUUACACUUUUAUCAUAAAAGGGUAAUAAAGUAGCAGGAUAAGUCUCUGUAGACAUUUCUUCAUAUUUGAAUAGAAAAUUAGAAAACAUUAGAGAAGAACUUAGGUUGGAUAAAUGUCCAGAUAGACAUGCAAAAAUUCACAUAAGAUUUUAAUUCAAAUGUAUAGAAGAAUUGGACAUUGAUUAAUUGAGUAGAAUAUCUUUUGCUUCAAAUAUGGAUCAAGAAGAUUAAUAAAAUACUAUUUAGAAUUCAACUUAAUAAAUAAAACAGAAUGAACAUGGAAAUAUUAAUGAUUAAUAAUAAACAUAAUAAAAUUAAUACUAAUAAUAGGCAAUUUAUACAGAAUAGGAUUUGGAUGAAAUUAGAACAUUAUUAAGCAUGGAAAUGAAGAAAGUGUAAAAAAAAGAUAGGGAGAUAUCAGAAUUACAGUAGAUUCUUGAAACUAAACAAGAACAAUUCACAGAUACUAAAUAAUAAUUAGAAGCAACAAAAUAGAAGCUUUAUGAGACUUUAGAUAAAUUACAAAACUAUGAGGAAUCAAUCACAAGUCAUGAUGAUUUAAAGAAAAAUUUAGAUAACAGAGUAAAACAAUUGGAGAUCUAAAAUAAAUAGUUAUAAUAAUAGAUUAUUGAGUGGAGUGAAUAAUUAAAAUUAAAACAACAAUUAGUAGUUUAAUCUGAUUAAAAAUUAUCAAAUGCUCUUGGUUAAAUGUAAGUAAUGAAGUAAAGAAUCAGUCAAUAUGAAGAAUUGGAAUAAUAGUAAUAAAAUAGAAAAUCAGCAGAAAUUAAUAAGGACAUGGAAUUAAUGUAAAAAAAAAUAAAUGAUUUAGAAAAACAAAUUUAAAGAGAAUAAAAAAAAUAAGAAUAAGAUUAUGCCUUAUACUAAAUUCAGUUAAAAAAUGUGUAGGCUUAGUUAGUUGAUAAAACAGAGUUAAUAAAUAAAUUAUAAAAAGAUCAGGAAUUUGAUAAUCAAGAUGCUUCCUAAAUUUAAUAAUUAAGAAAAUAAAUUUAAUAAUAUUAAUCAAAUGAAGAACAAUUUAAUAAGUAAUCAUAAUAAUUAUAAUAUUUAGAGUAUUAAACUAAUAUAAAGAAUAAAUAUAAAAAGCCAUUCAAAAUGAAAUCAAAUUAAAGUAAUAAUAGUCAGAAGAAAAGGAAAGGUUUAAUGAUCAAAUAAUUAAAUUGAAAUGUCAACUAGGAGAUAUUUUUAAUACAGCAUAUGAUAUUGGAGGCAAUAAACUUGUGGAUCGUUUAUAAUAGGCAGUAGGUCUAUCAUGA